AUGGCCCUCGAGCGUGUCCCCGCCGAUAUCAGAGCUCAGGGUGGCGUGGCCCGCAUGUCUGACCCCAGCAUGAUCAAGGACAUCAUGAAGUCCGUUACCAUCCCCGUGAUGGCUAAGGCCCGUAUUGGCCACUUCGUCGAGUGCCAGAUCCUUGAGGCCAUUGGCAUCGACUACAUUGACGAAUCCGAAGUCCUGACCCCCGCCGACGACGUCUACCACGUCACCAAGCACAACUUCAAGGCUCCCUUCGUGUGCGGCUGCCGCAACCUGGGCGAGGCCCUCCGCCGUAUCUCCGAGGGUGCUGCCAUGAUCCGCACCAAGGGUGAGGCUGGUACUGGAGACGUCGUCGAGGCCGUGAAGCACAUGCGCACCGUCAACGCCGAAGUUGCCCGCGCUCGCGCCAUCCUCCAGUCUUCUCCCGACCCCGAGCCCGAGCUGCGCGCCUUUGCUCGCGAGCUGGGUGCUCCCUACGAGUUGCUGCGCCAGACCGCCGAGAAGGGACGUCUGCCCGUGGUCAACUUCGCCGCCGGUGGCGUUGCCACUCCCGCCGACGCCGCUCUCAUGAUGCAGCUGGGCUGCGACGGAGUGUUCGUCGGCUCGGGUAUCUUCAAGUCGGGCGACGCGAAGCAGCGCGCCAAGGCCAUCGUCCAGGCCGUCACUCACUACAAGGACCCCAAGGUCCUCGCCGAGGUCAGUGAGGGUCUGGGUGAGGCCAUGGUUGGUAUCAACGUUUCGCAGAUGCAGGAGGCCGAUAAGCUGGCCAAGCGCGGAUGGUAG